GCAAGCUCAAGCAACGGGUCCAUACUCCAGAAGUGAGGUGUCUAUUUCAUUUUCUGCCGUAGAUGGUAUCGAAUCGAGCAGAAAGUUGAAAACUGGUAACAUAUGAUUAAACAUUGUGAUUAGAAUGAAUGGAACAGCAUAUUCAAACUUUGACAAUCAAGAACACGUCCUCAAACUAGGCGAAACAUUUGAGAAACAACCUAAAAGUGCAUUCCACACGGUACGAUAUGAUUUCAAACCAGCCUCCAUAGACACAACAUGUGAGGGGGAGCUGGAAGUGGGCAAAGGAGAGCAAGUUACAGUCACACUACCGAACUUAGAGGGAUCCUUAGCACCUGUUACCGUAUUUAAAGGUUCCAAAAGGCCUUAUAUGAAAGAAUGUGUUCUCAUUGUUAACCAUGACACGGGAGAGUAUCGUCUGGAGAAACUCAGCAGCAACAUUGCCGUCAAGAAGACCAGGGCUGAGGGAAGCAGUAAGAUUCAGUCACGGCUGGAGCAGCAAACCAGCAGGCUCAGUCAGCAGAUGAAGACCGGAAGUGGAAACAAGGUUCCAUCCAGCACCAAGAGCUCUCCUCCCAAGGAGAAAAUGUCUCCAUCAUCUCCCAUGGAUGAUAUUGAGCGAGAGCUGAUGGCCGAGGCGCGUGUCAUGGAUCAGAUGAGCAGUGGGGACAGCUCUUCAGAUUCCCACAGUUCCUCAUCCUCCAGUAGCGGGGACAGCUCCAGCAGCAGUGACGCAGAGGAUGAGGAUCGCCCCCCACAUAAUUUGGCCCCAGCUCCCCCCCAGAGCACCUCUGCCCUCAACACAUCUCAAAGCCGUGUGGAGGAGAGCAGCGGGCAUUUAAUGAACACACUUAAAAAUGAUCUCCAGUUGAGUGAGUCUGGGAGUGAAAGUGACGAUGACUAACCGCAAAGACUUGUGGGACACCUGAUGCUGAAAGAGGGUCAGGUGUUCAGGAAGUGUUUUCACUAGUUAAAACUUUGUGAUACCUGCAUCCAAAUCCCUGUCAACUUCUCAUUUAGGAAAUCUUUUUUUUCCCCCCAGUUUCUUAGUAAUACUUGGAUCAGCAAAAGCUGUGCAAUUGGACACAUUGCUGGGGGGUUUGCUGUAUUAGUAAAUUAAGAAAAAGUAUUUAUUUUGUUGAGAAUGCUACUGCAUAGAUGUUAGUUUUAUUGGAAUGUCCUAUAAUUGCUUCCUCAGAGGUUAUAAAAAUAUAUCUGUUUGUGAAAUAACUGUUUAGAAAGGUCACCAUGGUCUUCUUAUAAUAUAUACAUAUACAUAUAUAUAUAUUUUUUUUUUUGAGGCUUAAAAUACU